AUGCAGGUUGUAUGUCAAUCGUCAAGAAAGAGAAAUCAAGUUGCCUCUGAAGAUCUCAAGAAGGAUCAGAAGCCACCAAAGAAGAAAGUUGUGGCAUUUAAGGAUGUUCAAAAGGAAAUAAAGGAAGUUGUAUCCUCUUCUGUCUUGAUGUCUACUAAGACAAGAAGUGGAGCAACGCCUCAAAAGGGAUCGAAAAGGCUGACAUCUGGUCUUAAGUACAAGGCUGCCGCAAAUCCAUCAGAUGCUGAGAUUUUUAAUCAACAAAUAAAAGAAUUUGAAGCUACAACCAAAGCUUUUUUGAGGAAAGACGAUGGAUCUUAUGUUUUUCAACCAACUGGUUCAGAUGUUGAAGAUAAGGAAGAAACUACUGCAGAAAGUACUUUUGAACAAGAUGCUAAAACUGUUUCAGAACCUACUGCUGUUCUGGAUACUUUUAAUGCAUCAUCUUUACUAGAUGAUCUGUCUAGACAUAUUGCCUCAUCUAGUCAGAGACAAGAGCAAUUAGAAGCUAAAUUGGCUUCUAUUGUUGGCACUCAAGAAGUCAUGGCUGCUAAGCAAGAUGUGAUGGAAGAUCAGUUGAAGAAUGUGAUUACAAGACAAGAUGAAAUGAGUUCUGAUUUGAAAGCUGUCUUGGAAAUUCUGAAGCAAAACCCUAGGUUUUAG